UCGCGAUCGUUUCUCUGCGGCGGAGCACGGUGGCAGUACUGGUGCACGCGAUAGUGACGAGAUGCUGGAAAGUUUCCAGUAAUUCUAACCAUCAUCUGUGGAUUACGCUGGACGUUGGACGGGUGGGAGUUUCCGGAAGAGUAUCACCAACAAAUCUUCCACCACAACCCUUGAACCACCAUCCACAAUAACCAUGGAAACGGACGACGCCGCCUUCGAUGGGAUCCUGGAGAAGGUGGGCAACGAUGGGAGCUUCCAGCGGCGGUUCAACGUGAUCUUCAACGUCGGCGCGAUCAUGUUCGCCUCGAUGUCCUACAUGAGCAUCAUUCUGGCGCUGAACAAACCACCCCACAACUGUCACGUGCCCGGCAUGGAGCGGUUCAACAUCAGCGACGUGGACGCGUGGCGCAAUCUGACGCUGCCCAAGGAAACCGACAACAAGGGCGUCCUGAGCUUCAGCAAAUGCAAAAUGUACAACUUGACCGAGGACCACUUCAAGGUGCACUACAGCGAGUGGUCCUUCCAGGAGAAGGAUGAAAUCGCUUGCGUCCACGGUUACGACUACGAUCGGACGUACUACGAUCGAACUCCAAUCACCGAGAACGACUGGGUUUGUGACCUGGGCCAGCGGGAAACCAACAUCUUCAUGUACAACCGAUUUGGCGAGCUCGUGGGGACGUUCAUCUUUGGCCAGCUGGGAGACACGUUGGGUCGCCGACCGGUGUUUUACUUCAGCGUGCUGAUCAUCACCGCCGGUCGACUUAUCUCGAUGUUCACGGCCUCCUACUAUCUGGUGUUCAGCAUAGCGGCCGUGCUGGGAUCUUUGACGGCCAACUCGAUCUUCCAGGCUCCCCUGAUCAUCGCGAUGGAAAUUUCGAAAAGUGAACGCCGAGGGUACAUCUCGAUGAUGCAGUGCAUCGGCUGGACCGUGGGGCUUUGCAUCCUGCCGAUGGUGUUCUGGGCCACCCGGGACUGGUUUUGGGCGCUGAUGUUCACCACCAUACCGAUCUUCCUGUUUAUCUUUAUCCCGCAAUACCUCAUCGAGUCGCCCCGGUGGCUGGCCCAGCGCGGCUACUACGGCCGGGCCAUGACCCAGCUGCGGCGGAUCGCCACCGUGAACGGGAUCCGCGAGCUGGCCUUCGACGAGCGCACGCUGGAGAAGCUGCUGUCGCACCGCAAGGUCGAGAAGGUGUACGGCAUGGCGUCCCUCUUCAGCGGCUGGCGGAUGGCCAAGAACACCAUCCUGUGCGUGGUCUGCUGGAUCGUCGUCAGCAUCACCUACUUCACGCUGGUCCUGCUGAGCUCCCGCAUGGACGGCAACCCGUUCCUGAACUUCCUCUGGCAGAGCGCAAUCGAGCUGCCAGCGUACAAAAUCGGCCAGAUGCUGUCGGACAGUAUCGGCCGCCGCCUGUCCAACUCGCUGGCCUUCAUGCUGGCCACGGCCAUCUCCGUUCCCAUUCUGUUCAUCUGCCGCUACGCGGAGUACGAAACCAUCACCACGGUCCUCACGAUCAGCAUCAAACUGUGCGUCAGCAUCAACUUCUUCGCCGUGAAUCUGCAGUCGAUCGAGAUCUACCCGACCUGUCUGCGCCAGACGGGACUGGCGUUUGCGGCGAUCGCUUCGAACCUGUUUGGAGUGCUGGGACCGUACCUGGUGUACUUGGGCACCGAGUACGACGUGCGGAUUCCGUUUCUGGCCAUCGGUGGUUUGUCGGCGCUGGGAGCCGUCUGUGCGCUGCUGUUGCCGGAAACGCUGCACCAGGCCCUGCCGGAGUCGAUCGAGCAGGCCCGGAAGUUUGGCAAGAAUCAUCGGUUCUUUUCGCUGCCGAAGAAACCGAAGCAGUCGACGGUGAAGCUGGGCCAGGAGUUGGAGGAGGGCAAGAAGCUGAACGGGGUGUACAGGGACGAAGAUCAGGCGUAAAGCUGAGAUGUUUAGGAUAAGUAUUUUUUUUAUGUAUUGCUUAAAAUACAUGUUUCUAUGAGAGUUAAGUUUAAGUGCCAUACAAAAAAUUGCAUUGAAGGUAGACCAAUUACCUAGUACAAACACAGAAUGGUUUUUGAAAUAUGUUUCGAAAAACUUUUCAAAAGUGUCAAAAUCUUUUAAAGUUGCUGACAGUUGCGAUCAAACUAGUCGGAGAACCAUUCCCUAAUCUAGUUUAUAGUGAAUACAUAAAAAAUUUGAUGGUGAUAUUUCCAUGAGAAGAAAAGAACUAGACGGAUUUUUUAAAAGUAGUGAAUUGUGAGGUAGCUUAAAAGAUUAUAAUAAAAAAAUGCAAAAUUAACUUCAA